UUUGCUUCUGCUUGUCGCAGGUGAUCAAAGGGAACUCGAACACGUAUCUGGAAUCGAAGCACGAGCUGGAGCCGCCGAUGUGGGCGAGCAAGGUCCGCUUCUGGCCGUACAGCUACCAUCGGCGGACCGUUUGCAUGCGGGUGGAGCUGUACGGCUGCCCGUGGAACGACGGCAUCGUUUCGUACUCGAUGCCGCAGGGCGACAAACGCGGCAACUGGGAGUUCUUCGACGCGACUUACGACGGUUACUGGGACGGGCAGCUACUACGCGGCCUGGGACAGUUGACGGACGGGAAGAUCGGGCCGGAUAACUUCAAGAUGGGUUAUUACGAUUACGACCGGGGUCAGGGAUGGGUCGGAUGGAGAAACGACACCAGGUCCGGUCACCCGCUCGAGGUCAAGUUCGAGUUCGACCACGUCAGGGAGUUCUCCGCUGUGCAUAUUUACUGCAACAAUCAGUUCACCAAGGAUGUGCAGGUGUUCGCCGAAGCUAGUAUUAUGUUCAGUGUCGGUGGGAAGUACUACACAGGUGAUCCGAUAGUGUACUCGUACAUGGAAGACAGGAUUUUUGAGCAUUCAAGGAACAUUUCCAUCAAACUGCAUCACAGGAUCGGAAAGUUCGUCAAGUUGAGGUUCAGCUUCGCCUCCCGGUGGAUCAUGGUCAGCGAAGUUACCUUUGAUUCCGAUAUCGCUCACGGGAACUUCACUCCUGAAUCAGCGCCAACGACCGAGGCCCCGAGGUCGAGGGACCGAGUCUCGGCACGGGACAAUCCUCUUCAAGCAGAGGUGCCAGUAGUGAAGCAAGACGACCCGACCUACAUGGCGGUGAUCAUCGGCGUUCUGACCGCUGUGAUUCUGUUGCUGGCCGUCGCGAUAUUUUUGAUCGUCACGCGCCACCGGCAACGGAAGAACUUCGCCAGUCCCCUUGGGACGAAGACCGCGAUCCCGUCGAGUAAUCACCAACACCUGUCGCCGGAGUCCGCGUACGGAACCACAGAAAAGGAUCCGUCGCUGAUGACGUACAGAGUGGACGAGCUCGACGACCGGUACGCUGGCACCAAGCUGACGACGUUGCCUCGCGAUCUGAACGAUCGUUUGCUGGGCGACGUCAGGCUCGACGAGUACCAGGAACCCUUCCACGAGAACAAGUACCGGGAACCGCCUCAUGCUGCUUAUUACGGAUAUAGCACCGUUGUUAUAGACAACAAGGACCUUCACGACAACGUCGAACAGUCUGAUGCCACCUACGAUUACGCAGUACCAAUGCCUGUGCCUAGUGUAAGCAGCGACCAGGACAGCGUCUUCUCGAAAUGUUCGUCAAGGGGUAGCGCAAAGGCAUGCUUGCAGAGCUUUUUUCCGCCUCCCCCGCCACCGAUGAGCGCGCCACCCCCGCGAGGCUCCAGCAAUCUGACGUAUUCGAACCCGCCGAGUCCCGAGCCGGUCUGCGAACGCGAGCGCAGGGGCAGCAAACGCCGGGAGCACUCGUUGCACAGAUACGCGUAAGGACGGCUGCACCUCGCGGAACGAGCAGCUGGAUCGAAGGUACGACAGACUUUCGCAUUUCGCGUUCAGAAAUCGAGCGAGCGACUCAUCCACACCUUCAGCAUCCGCGAAUCGUCCCAGGCUUUCAUACUUCUCCAAUUGACACUUUCACAUCCAAUAAGAAACAUCUUGUUGUAAAAAGAAAGCGAUUCGAGUAUCUCGACUCCGAGAGAAAAAUCAAUCUGAUGCACGGAAAUGGUAUACUAACAACGGAUGCUGGAGGAUUUAGCGAAACUUGGAAACGAAGGAGCGAGAUCGGUCCGACUGCGACGAGGUGAAUUUUUGUUUGUUCGCGUUAUUUCCAGUGAAACUCUCGGCUCGAUUAAACCGAGACCGAAAUGCCUCGAUCGCGGUCUCGAUCCCCUCGGAAUCCUUCUCGACGAGCACUGCCAUUCGCGCACUUUCCGAGCACGCCGUACAUACAGCACAGGUGUACGUAUACGUACGUAUGUAAGCGCCUCGAGUGUCGCGCAUUAAGAGGACUUAACCUACUUGCGAACGGUAGGCAGGUACCUAGGUAGGUGAAACCGGAGUUGUAACUACGAUUGGCAUAUCAGUUGAACGGCACCGCGCAGCCGAGGCUUUUCUGGAAAUUCUCUCUGCGACGCGUACUCGUCGUUAUCCGCAAAAUUCUCCCUCUGCCAGUUUUACCAAAUAAUUAGCCCGUUGUCAUUCUUCUACGAAUUUUUAUACAAAACAGAACAUUUACCUAUUUAAAAAAAUAAUUUCAAUAAUUUAAUCUCUGUGAUAUUCAGUUUUGUUAUAAAUGCAUGAAAUAUGCAGUCUAAUCGUUAGUCGAGGAUUUCACGUACCGCCCACGGUUAUCAGAAACGUCGAACUUUCAAAGAGACUUUUCUCUCUCGGAGAAACUCGUACGGUGCAACGCGCGCGAAAAAGUUUGUUCGAGCCUCUAACCCUCCUCGAGCGAGUUACGAGGUUCAGGGGCAGUUCUAACCAGAGGAAAAAACAAGCUCGAGCAGGAAGAAAGGGUCAUAUUUUUCGUAGAUAUGCUACAGGCGUGUUCUCGAAAUGUUUUUCCACUCACUGCCACGUUCCCUCGAUAAAAACCGGUGGCUUCGUUAGACCGCGGUUGUUUCGAGACGUAGAAACUGUAAUUCCCGUUUCCGCGCGGAAAAACGCGAUAAGGAGCCGCGGCGACGAGGACGCGACGCGAGCCGAGCGGAUUUCCAGAAGUGCUCGCGUGCGUUUAAUGUUCAGCCAGUGCGGCGCGCAUGUGCGACCGGAUCGAGCUCGUUAUCGAUCCCGGUGGCUAGGUAAACGAUAAAGGAAAAGCAAGUAGGGAAAUAGGAAUAGUUAGUAAAGGAGAGAGAGAGAAGAGGAAGUGCCCCCUUUUUUCUCAGUCGGAUGUUUAUACGCGACCGAUAAUUAAUUACCGUUAACUACAGCUCGGAGCUGAUUGAAAACGUCAGUUAUAUCGCGGCACGAACGCCAAUAGUGCUGAGAAAGGAAGAUGCGUGUGAGAUCGAUGCGAUGGAUAUCGAAUGGGGAAAAGUAGUUGUUAGGAAGAAAGAGCAAGCUAAGCGGACAAGCGGGGGAAGCGGGGUGGGGGGGGUUUUAGGUACGGAAUAUUUGUGAGAAAAGUAGAACGUUAGCGAGCUUCGAUCCCGCCUCACACAAGACUGACGUCGAAUAAAUAAUUGAUGAUCCCGGUCGUGCUGUAUAAUACGCGCAGGGGCGCGUGCACGCGCGCCGCUUUUUUCACGCGUGCGCACGUACUUCCGUCACGAAGUUACAUAUUGCAGUACACAAGCGCAACGUAAAACGAAUUCUUUAAUUUAUAUACGUAUUACACACGUACGAUGUGCGAUAUAGGCGAGGGAAGAGAUUAUAUAUAUAUAUAAAUAAAUGAAUAAAUGAAUAAAUAAAUGAUAGAUAUAUGAAGAAAAAAAAAAAAAUGCGUAACGCGUAAUUAUCGUGCGAAGGAUUUUAAGCGUAUGAUAUAUUGUAUACAUAUAUUGUGUAUAAGCCCAACUUUAUUUCUCUAUCACUACCAGCAUCGCCUUCAUGCAACGAGGAAAAAAAUAAAUAAAACGAGUCGAGGGAUUUGACCGACGUAAGAAAUCGACAAUACAGGGAUGAGACAACAAUAAUUAAAUACAUGUGUACGUAGAACGAGACGAAGAGGCAGGAAGGACGAGUGAAUAGGUGGAGAACUGAGAAAAAAAACCGACCACAUUGUGAUAUAUUAAAGAAAAUAAUAAAUAGUAAUGGUUGGGUGUAAAGAAGGCAAUCGCGAGGUACAUGCAUGGGCUCAGUGAGAAAGCUCUUCGUUAAACCUAUCGUUUCUUUUUAUUAGACAAACGAACGACUAUGUAUAGUUGCUAUAUUUUCAAUUCGCAAUUUCCUUGUCCUGGUAUUAGGAAUAGAACUUUCACAAGAAAACUUUUAGCGAGAAGCUCUCUCCCUUUGAGGAUGCGUUCUCGUACCAUGAACAGAGGGGAACACGCGUAGCGUUUGACAACGAUCGGGAAACUUUACCUAUGUAUAUUUAGUGUUUAAUCGUCGCCACCGUAGAAUGUUAAAGGUAAACCGUAAGAGUGACAGCUUCGAGUGCUUCGAGUGUAAAUAUAACCGUUAGGGACCUCGUGACAGACGUACACGUAUAAAAAGAAAAAGACACUCUCUCAUCUUUACAUACACCAACGCGUACAUACACACACACACACACACACACACAUGCACACAUCUUUCAAGCGCCUUAAGUUGGGGGCACUGAGCAAAUAACUUCGCAAUAAUAAUCGUCGUUUUCUGUUCUUUCUACCGCCUUUCCUUUCAUUUUCUCGAAGAAAGGAGCUCGGGGGGAAAAGAAAAAGCGCGUUUCGACGUUAUCGUAAUAAUUCAGAGACGAAUUGAUAAGAGGGAGGAAAAGGUUGCUUCAAGGUUCUUUCUCAUCUCCCACGGCGGGGAACAGCGAGGCGCGUAGCCGCGCCACGCGUCCCGACGUUCUUCGAUUUUUUAGCCUCCGCGCUUCCGUUGACAGCAAAUUCCGUAGAGGAAACUCAGAUCGUGUCGUUUCUCACCGAAAACUUCUGCAUUACGAGAUUAAGUACCUUGAACCUCCUGCACUUUCUAGUACCUAGACAGUCCGCUCCUGGCAAUAAUCGUCAAUUUAUCUCGAACCGUAGAAAAAGGGAUAUACGUUAAGGAAGAACUGAAAUCGAUGACAGGAGUGUGGAGCGAGGAUCGAGAGGUCUUUUUUUUUAGGAGCAGGGAAGGGGAAGCAGUGUAUAAAAGAAUAAGUUGAUGGUCGUUAAAGAUGGUGUGCACUCUUUCUCUCUCCACUCGGGAUACAAGGAGGUAGAUAAAGAUGACGGAGGACGGUACUUUCGUGCCUGCUCGCAGCGUACUUCUUAGGAUACUUUAUGGUUCCUUUGUGCAGGCCUGCUGCAUGGCUGCCGACAUGUCAAUGACAACGGCGCGCCGAGUGUGCACCGAGAUCGCCGCGAUAUCGCACGCCCGUUCUAAAUCGUCGCCCCGCGGUGCUCGGCCUUAUUCCGCACCGAACGUUUUAUUAAAUUUUACACGCAUCUCGUUUUAUCUCCGCUCGCAGGGCACGCUGCUCUUUUUUGAAAGCUCUAGCUCCUACGGAGUACUGUGUACAUCGAAUGAGUCAAGAGAUGCCAGUCACGUUCGUCAUUAAAUUUUCCAAUAUGCAAUGAGCUUUUACUGCCAACUACGAAAGUGUACUUCCUUAUAUCUAUAGUAGAACCUCGAUUAUCCGAAGUAAUUCUGUUUAGAAUGUUCGAAUUAAUCGAACGAUUUAUAUUAGAGUGUUAAUUACUUAACAAUUAAUUUUCCAAUACUGUCAGAUAUUCCUACCUCAGGUUUCAUUAUUAUCUGAUCGAUUAAUUAUUUCACGGUUCGUUCGAACGGACAACGCUGUACGUUCACGUUUCGAUGACGUGUUAGUACACAGUGCCUAGCUGAACUGAUCGAAAUGCUAGUGCAUUCAAAUUAGUUAGGGCAUUGAAAUUAGUAACAUGUUUUCAUAUCUGCCAUGCAUAACCCGCAGUAUUUAUCCAGCUGAUCCACGUUCGCAUAAUCGAACGUUUAUGUAAUCGAGGUUCUACUGUAUUAGGUUAAGCGUAUCUCUUGUUUAACCAAAACAAAAGCCUCUUCUAAUUAUCACUGCCAGUCGUAAACGCAACAAGAGAAUUUCUCAUUGCAAUAGUGCACAGGGAUCAAGAUAGGAGGUUCAAGAACUAGACUGCGUUCAAACAAAAGCAGCCCGCUAUAUCUACGACUGCGUAUUAUCUAUUCCAAUGCAGCCUGUCAUUGUACAUUAACUUCAACCAAGGAGUUGAGCCAUUCCUCCGUAUCCGUUGCGAAGCAAGAAUUAGCAUACAGCGGGGCGACUUCUGUUUCCUGCGGCGCGCCCUUUUACGAGCCUCGUUUCCCAUCCCGAUUCGCGAACAAGGCCCGCCGAUAUCGUUCGAGACAGCGAUCGGUCCCGCUAUAAGACACGAGAGGCUGCAGCCGAGGAAACAUCCAGCGCAUAAAUCAGCUGUUACAACCCUUUUUCAAUCCGACAUGAGAAAUGCGGGAAGGAGCGCGUUGAUAGUAAACGAAGAGGGGAGAUCGGGAUCCCCUCCCUCCCCCAUCCUUUAUUCGACGACGUACAAGUGCGUGCGCCUCGCGCGAAUCGGGGAGGAUUAAACCGAGGAGGGAAAAAGAACGAGGAGCGGCGUUUGAUCGAGCCCCGGGGCGAGCGUCACGCAUACACGCGUAUGGUUCAACGGGCAGCCGACAAAAGUUGUUGGCUGAACGCUCGGCGAGCUGAAAUUUAUGCGUCGAUGGCACCAGUUCGACUUCAGUAGAUCCGGGCGCAGUGGUCAGACACGAGAAUCAAUGAACGUAUUAAGAAUUCUUUCAGCACUUUGUUACUAUAAUCGAAUUCAGAAAUUAAUUCAAAAUUUAUGUACUGCUUUUGAACAACAUUAGAUUAAAAUAUUUAUUGUAUAGGUAUAAUUUCGAUCUCGGUGCACAAUGGCGUACCAUCGACGCUGUUUAAACAUCGUUUCGUCCUCAUUUAAUAAAAAUAUACGUAAAUAAACAUUUGACAAAUAAUUUUCUAUUCCCUUUAAGUUUGUACAUUUUUUCAACCUCCACCAAGUCGAUGGGCACCGAACACGGAAUGCGGAGUAUUGGGUGAGGAUUAAACGACGGCAAUCUGUCAAACGGCGGUCUAAUAAAAAAUGUAUGCAGCAAUAGCACGGUGUGAAGUUGUUGCAUUGACCUCGGCAACCUCGUGCAUCGAUCGUGCGAACACGGACGAUGUCCGAUGCUUAGGUGCACGCGAAAGAGAAACGAGCGGGUACGAUUGAACGGAGAACAACGACGAUCGGUUUAAAAUAAUAUCAUAGGUUUAACAGGGACGAUGGCUACAGGUAAGUGCACCCACGUAAGUCUUGAGAUCUAAUACAAGACGUAUUGCCAAAUGAGAUAUUUUUCACUGACUGAAGUUCCAAUAAAAAGAAUUAAAUCAUUUCAUUUGUUCGAUGUUUUUCAUGAUUUAUUACGAUUUAUUAUAUUUCUUAUAUUCAAUAACGUUUUGUAAUGUUUUAAUCAAAGUAGCUUAUGAUGAUCACUAGGAUUUAAAAGUGAUGUUAAGACUCGUGGGUGUACGCCCUCGGCACCCCGAAACUAUUCAACGCGCCGCAUUAUCUCAAUGUAUAUAGCGAUUGUAAUUUAUACAUGUAUGUGUAAACGUGUUAUACGUAUAAAUAAGCCCGUCGCGGGGCGGGUAGCGACCAUUUUGUACAUAAUUGUACCAUACAGCGUAAUUUGUAAUUCGUACGAGUGGAAAGCGAUAACGUGCUUGCGAACGUGUGGAUUUAUAUAAUGUAAGAACGUCGAGUGGCCGCAGGAAGUAAUAAUAACGAUUAUACAAAUAAUAAUAAUAAUAAUAGUAAUAAUAAUAAUAAUAACGGUGAAGAUACCGCUGUGAGUGUAAUUAUAAUUGAUCAAUAGUAUAAUAACGAGUACCGGAUGCAUAUUUGAUAUUUGUGUGCCUGUAUCCUUUUGUAUGCUAACGAAAUAGACGAAAAUAAAACUAUACAUAAUUAUAUUGUACUAACUGCGACGUAGGGGGAAGAGGACCUCGCGGUGUAACUGUGCACACCUACACGAUGAGUGCACGUACACGAAAUGGCGACACGCGUUUUCAAAAAAAUGAUGGACACACACACUCUUCCAGUUGCGUACACGCGAGAGAACACACAGACCAGACUAUCUGUCCUGGAUCGGACGAAAUAAAACUUUUAGCGAAGCGAAA